AUGCGUCCGGCGGAGUGCAUAGAUCAGGAAGAUGAAUAUAUGGGAACGGCAAAUGUGACGAUCAGCGGCACUCCAUGUCAGCCCUGGCUUAAAUUCCUUGAAGAAGAUAGUCAGGAAUCUCUCUAUUUUGACAUCUUUCCCACAUUCCCAGAUGACUUGCAUCCUUCUCACAAUUUCUGUCGAGAAGAUCCAUGGGGAGAUAUCGGCCUUGAAGGAGAUGUGCCUGAGGUUAACGAAAAGAAAAAGAAGGAAAUCCUUGAAGUCAUCAAAAAGAAAUGUGUGGAGUGGAAGGAUGAGAAAUACCCUCUCGUGCCCCUAGAUAUAGGUAUUAACACGGGGGAAUCAGGAGUGCUGGGAGCGUUUUCUCUUGGCCUCACUGGCUCAUACUUUCAUCUUCCUCUCCUCGAGGUCACUUUCCACCCCUUCCAAUUCUUUAGUCCUUAUUUAUCCCUCUUUGGAGAGGAACGUCCAAGUCAUUAA